AUGUUGAGUUACAGCUCUACGUUUGCAGCUAACCCAUCAUUAUUCGGCAGCACUACGACUAAUACGGCUACAAAUCCGAAUUCUGAAGAUAUUUUUGUUGUAGGCUCGCCAGAUGAUACUGUUCAAGUAUUGCGAUUUAGCCCUGUUGUAAAUGAAAAACCAUUGCUGACUGCAGGAAGUUGGGAUGGUCCUCCGCAUUUGGCAUUCUGUGUGGCGAAAUUCCUCUUGGUUACCGUUCAUUUCUACCUCGUGUGGUUCCUAGAGAGCAAACAGCGCAUUAUUAACGGUACACUCGACAAUCAUGGCAUAUUGACCAAUGAGCUCCACUCUGAGCUUCACCUUUAUUUAUAUUGCGACCCUAGAAUGGUGGCCAGGCUUUGCCUUUUUCGUUGGAGGAGUCCUUCAAGUGCUCGUUGUUGUCAGAUAAGGUCCAAUACAGUGGUACCAGUUGGUGGAGAUGUGGAGAACAAUGAAGCCGGUACGUUAUCCACUUCUGCCAGUACAUCACUCCAAAAUGAGACGGUUGCCGAGCAGCGAUAUGGAAUAAAUCCGCAUUCCAUUUAUAAUAUAGUCUGCAUACAUAUAUAUUAG